AUGGACACAAAUAGGACAGAGUACGGAUCGACGAAACAAGCAAAACCUUUGGGAGGGAUGAAAUUUUCUCCGUUUGCAGCCCCGUUCCAAAGCCAUAAAUCCACUGAAACAUUGAAAGUUGACGUCAAAAGUUCAGUUAUAUCAACAUCCAAGGAAGAAUACAACUUAACAAAGGAUAUUUCAACAAUGACAAGCAACCUGGGCUUGCUAGAAAUGACUACUGAUGACGGAACAAGUGCGAGUGAAGAGGAGAAUUCAAGUUCUUUUUCAAACGAUAACGGGGAUGUACCUCCUUUAUACCUACUGGACGUAGAUUUUGUUGCAAAAUGUAUACAAACUGCGAAUUACUGCAUUUCUUUAAUGACUCGCGAGCAGAUGGUGACUUUACGCUCCAUCAAUCCAGUAGUACUCUACGAGUUCCUGCUUGAAGUUGUCAAAACGAGGAGCGAAAGACAACAAAUAAGACGGUCCUUGCCUUCUGAAUGUGCAUUCUGUAAGAACAAUGGAGAGGUAGAAGAUCUUUACGCGUCCCACGUGUUAAAAGACGUCCGCGGUAGGGUGGUUUGUCCCGUUUUGCGUGCCUUUCACUGCCCCAACUGUGGCGCAACUGGGGAUCGAGCACACACGAUCAAAUACUGCCCACACAGAUAUGACGCGUUUGAAUUAAAUGACAACUAUACAUCGCGUCGGCGAAUGCAGUCCCCAUUGUUACGUAAGUGUGGUUCGGAUGAGAUACGAAAACUAGCAAGUUCUGUUUCUGAUGACACCCCUACAAUAGAAGUAAGCCAGAACAACUGGUGGUAUGGCAUAUAA